AUUGCAAAUUUUCAACCCUAAAUCCUUAUCUUUAUCAUCUAUGCGCAUGAUCCAGAUUCGGUUUUGAUCGGAGCUGCCAUGGAACGCAUCAUCGGCGGCAAGUACAAGCUCGGACGGAAGAUCGGCGGUGGUUCUUUCGGAGAGAUUUUCCUGGCCACACACGUCGAUUCUUUCGAGAUCGUAGCGGUUAAGAUCGAGAACAGUAAAACGAAGCAUCCCCAACUUCUCUAUGAAGCCAAGCUUUACAGAAUUCUUGAAGGAGGAAGUGGAAUUCCGCGCAUAAGAUGGUUUGGAGUGGACGGAACAGAAAAUGCUUUAGUGAUGGAUUUGCUAGGGCCAAGUCUCGAAGAUCUGUUCGUGUAUUGUGGGAGGAAAUUCUCACCAAAGACGGUUUUGCUGCUGGCUGAUCAGAUGCUAACGAGGAUAGAAUAUGUACACUCCAAAGGAUAUCUGCAUAGAGAUAUAAAACCUGAUAAUUUCCUCAUGGGCCUAGGUCGGAAAGCGAAUCAGGUCUAUCUAAUUGACUUUGGACUUGCCAAAAGAUAUCGUGAUGCCAACACCAACCGCCACAUCCCUUACAGGGAAAACAAAAAUUUAACAGGGACUGCACGCUAUGCAAGUUGCAACACACAUCUUGGAAUUGAGCAAAGUCGACGGGAUGACCUAGAAUCACUUGGAUAUGUGCUUCUGUAUUUCCUAAGAGGAAGUCUUCCAUGGCAGGGUCUCAAGGCUGUUGACAAGAAGCAAAAAUAUGACAAAAUUUGUGAGAAGAAGAUAUCAACUCCGAUUGAGGUUCUAUGCAAAAAUCACCCUGUGGAGUUUGCUUCCUAUUUUCAUUACUGCCACACACUGACGUUUGAUCAGCGCCCUGAUUAUGGAUUCUUGAAGCGGCUUUUUCGUGAUUUGUUUUCGCGGGAAGGAUAUGAGUUCGACUAUAUAUUUGACUGGACUAUAAUAAAGUAUCAACAAGCACAGAAAACUAGAAAUCAGUCUCAGGCAGUUCCUGGGUCUAGCAAUGCUCGUGCAAUGCCAGUGGACACAAGCAAUCAUCGGGGAGGACCAAAUAUUUCUUAUGAAGCCGAGGCCUCUGAGCGCGUCAGAUCGGGUAAUGCCAUUGGUCCAAGCCCACAGAUCAAUAAUAAUACUGCUACAGGGAGGACACUGGGUUUUGAUCACCCCGGCCACAAGAAUAUGAUGAACAUGCCAUCCACUUCACUAUCUCCUGCGGGUACCUCAAAAAGAAAUGAUGGAAAGUCAGGUUUCCCUCCCGAAACCUCAAAUUCUGGGUAUGGGAUUGGGAAUAGACCCGGCGGCUGGACUUCGUCAUUCAUGUCUCCAGAUAAAUGAUGCAAAGAAAAUGUAGUUGAAAUGGUGAGCUAGAUUGUGCGCUAUUAAUGUGAGUCAUGCCCUUUGGGAGGUGUUAGUGACACCAAGUUCUGAUUUCUGCUGUAGUUGCAGAGGGAAAAAAUGCAAUGGUUCUAUGUAAAUUCUGCCAGAUGUGUGUGUGCCCUCGAAGGCGUUCGUUGAAGCUGUAAAGGAUGGAGUUUUUCCAUGAAAGCAUUUGUGUUACACACACAAGGCAUGAAGUACUGUAUGUUUGCUUUUACAUUCAAGAUUUUUCCCCAACUUUUUGUAUAAUUAUUACACCGGAUGUAUAAUCUUGUUAUGUGAUCCAUCUAUAUAUAUCAUUUCUUAGCUACUCA